AUGGAAUAUUCUGCACAAGUCACAGUUCGGGCUCUGAGGUCUGUGGCUCAGAUCUGUCUGUGGUUUUGGUCUUUCGGACGCACAGAAGUGAUCGAUAACACGCUGAACCCAGACUUUGUCCGGAAAUACAUCAUGGACUACUUCUUCGAGGAGAAACAGAACCUGCGCUUCGACCUAUACGACGUGGACUCCAAAAGCCCUGACCUCUCCAAACAUGACUUUCUGGGACAGAUGUUCUGCACUCUGGGGGAAAUCGUGGGAUCUCCGGCCAGCCGUCUGGAGAAACCUCUCGGGUAA